UGAUCGAGCGUCAGUUUGUCUGCUCUCGCGCAACGGGACGGACUGUACGGAUAUUUCAAUUAUUCGAUCGAACAAUCAAGCAAUAAAAAUCAGUAAAUCGAAUCGAAAAUGAGAACGUUACUAGCGGUAUUAGCGACGGUGUCGUUGGUUCGUGGUGUUGAAUACGAUGGUCUUCGCGUCAAAUUCGGGUGGUCCGACGCGCUGGCUGACAUGGAGUACUUCUUUAAGAUCCCUCGCACCAGCAAGGACGCGGAGACCGAGGGCUGGAGACGCACGGAACGUCCACCAGGUCCGCUGCCAGAGCUCAGGAUGUACUGUCCCCAAGGCCGGGCUGUUUGCCCGCUGUUUGAUGCUGGGGGCUUCGUUGCUGGGCUGCAAAUAUCUUUGCCAGUGGAUGAGUACGAGUCUCUGGCAAUGAAGCCUGAGAAGAAGCUAGUAAAGUGGCGAGCACCCGCGCUGGAAGGCGAGCCCUCAAGAGACUACUGGACCCUCACGCAGUACUUCGUCUCUGAAGAGUCCUUGAAAGCCGGAGCAGGUCCGCAAGUGGAGAACGGCGCGACCCUCCAAGAUGGCGGCGUGUGGGUGACAGGAUUGGACGGAAGACUGAUGAGGAUCCCUAGCACUGAAGCCGAGCUCAACAGCACCGCUUUCAAGAAACAGAACUGCAUUCCUAACAUGGGUACGCACUACUACUACAACAUGACACCCCAAAUGAAAUGCGAAGACACUCUACCCUGGUUCGCGCUAGUAAGCCAGGGCGAUUUGAUCGGCACUGGCUUCCAGAUAUUCGGCCGAGUGGGACGCCAGAAGUACCGGGAUUGGUUCGAGCGCCCGCCCGGCGCGAGGCAGGGUGCUGAGCUGACGAUCCCGUUCGCCCCUCCAUGCCUGUACGAGUGGGUGUCCUCGUAUGGCGUCGUGUCGCUUCACAUCUACUACAUCGACAAACCUUGGACGAUUAAAUGCCGGACAGGUGACUCGGUGAAGCCUGCGCCUGCGCUCGACCGGCUCAUGUUCAGCGGGUACCGGUACGCCAACCAAGUGGCCGAUGAGGUCAAGAAGCUCUUCAGUGGAUAGCUAUUAGAAUAGCGCCUUAAUCAUUAACUUUAAAGUAAGGUCCGUGUGGCGAAGAUCGUCUGAGCGUUUCUUUUAUUUUUUGCCAUUUUUAUGUUUUUUUCUUGCCACUUGCCAGCACGGCAAGCGGAAUGGCACGCUGGUUAAAAUCACAUACAAUCGUCACGCUAACGAAUGAAAUUCACACUAGGGGUUCUGUAUCCGUCUUCUUCUUGAUCGGGACACUCUUGACAGAGCGGUCGUGGUCAUCAUUGGAAGUCUCCCCCCGUGACACGCUUGACGGCUCGCCUCCACUCCUCCCUGACGGCUGCGCGUUUAGCGCAUUCGUGCAAGGGGCCGUCCAUUGCUGCCUUUAUUUGGUCCGUCCACCUCAUGGGCGACCUUCCUCGCGCUCGGGUACCUUCUACUCUGUAUCCGUCUAAUCAGUAGGAAUCUGUUUUUUUGUAAAAUCCUACAUCGAGUGCAUGAUAAAAUUGUAGUCUUUUAUUUUAAUACCGAUCUCUUAAUGCAGCUGUCGGCAGCAGGCGACCCACGAAAACUCGCUUGCGGCCCGCGAGCCAGUGCAGUGGCGGAUUUGCAGUCUUUGCCGCCCUAGGCCCCAGGCCAUGUAGCCAUUCAAGGCACCCAUAACAUUGACUACAUUUUGAGUUAUUUCUUGUUACCAUCAGCGAAUUUUUGUCACAAUUUGCCUCCCCUAAAUAUCUUGCCGCCCUAGGCCCGGGCCUACUGUGCCUUAGGGCAAAUCUGCCGCUGCCGCGAGCCUCCCUGGCCAUUUUACAUAUUUUGUAUGUAUUUGGUAGGUAUUGACAAACGACAAUGUCUGCUAAAGUAACAAAUAUUACCAAAUUACGGCCUUUUCGUCCCUCUGUUUUAAUGAUACCUAGACCAUUCAUUAUUUCAAAUAAUGAAUGGUCUAGGUCUGAAAUACAUAAUUUAUUUCACUGUGCAUAUUCAUUUGUGCACUGAAAAUCUUAACAAUAUUAUUACAGAAUAUGCAAGUUGCGGAAAGUUCCCAAAAAGUUGGAAAAGGAAGGUUGGAAACUUUCACUUUGGAAAUGAAAUAUUUCGAUUCCCAUUUUUAUUAAAAAGAUUCCGAAAUUGUUCCAUUUGGACAUUUCGCGAUUUUGGAAACUUUCCGACGACACAUCACAUAAGUAAAAAAUUUAAAAGUAAUUAAGAUUACGAAACAUUAGUAGUAAACAAUUAAGUGAUAUCAAUUAAAUAUUCUUUAAGAUUG